AUGUCGUCCUCUGCUGGGCAAAUGGGUAUUGCGGCCAAACAUCUCCAAGCAAGGAAUGAAUGUGUUCCAAUGGACAUAUUUAUUUAUCAUAAUGGAGUAAUAAGUAUGCAAACUGAAUAUAAGUAUAUGGGGGGUGAUGUAGAAAUUUAUGAAAGUGUGCCAAGUAAGGAAGUAUGCCUACAAUUCUUCCAAGAUAAGGUCAAAGCCCUAGGCUAUUCUGAAAUAGGAGCAUACAUUUAUGACUUUGCAAAUGGUAGGUUGAACUUACUGCAAACAGAUAAUGAUGUUGAGAAAGCUUUAAGUAAUGGAGUGAAGGAUGGUCAGAUGUUGGAGAUUUGGGUUGAUACUAUGGAUGUCAAUGAUUUGAUUGAGGCAGAAGUUAAGGUAGAUGAACCUAAAGGUGAAUGGAAAAGUGAGGCAGAAGUUGAGGUUCAGCCUUUGAAUAUGGAUGAGGAGGGUGAUGUUGGAGUUUCAAUGGAAAGUGAAAGUGUUAAAACAGAACAUCCAGUAGUGAAACCAAACAUGAAGGAUCCUGAAUUUGAAUUUGAAAGUGAAAGUGUUAAAUCCAUAAACUUUUCUGAUGAUGCUUCACUGAUGGAAUCUGACAAUGAUGGUGAUAGUAAAUGGCCUAUUUUUAGAGCUGCCACUGACAUGAAGGAUCUUGAAUUUACAUUAGGCAUGACAUUUGCAACCAAACAAGAGUUUAGAGAAGCAGUUCAGAGUUAUGGUUUCAAAAAUGGGAAAGAUAUUAAGACUCCUAGAAAUGACAAGGAGAGGGUUGUAGUUGAGUGUGCACAGCCUGGUUGCACUUGGAGAAUAGGGUUGAGGAAAGUGGUUAACUCACAUUCUUGGAGGAUUCUUAACAUGGUUGAUAUGCAUCAGGGUUGUACUUGGGCUUGGGAGAAUUCCAUGGUAAAAGCAAGUGUGAUUGCUAAGAGGUGGGCCAAGGAGUUAAAAGACCAUCCAGACUGGAUGAUGAAAAAAUUCAGGGAUGCAGUGUGCAGGAAAGAGGGAUUCUAUGUAAGUGACCAACAAGCCUAUAGGGCUAUUUGGAGGGCAAAGAAACAAAGACUUGGUGAUGAUGAAGACAACUUCAAGAGGAUUUGGAGUUAUUGUGCUGAAAUGUCAAGGACAAACAGUAAGACUAAGUGUAUAGUGAAGACUAUUGCUGAAAAUGGACAUGAUAGAUUCUUGAGAAUGUACAUAUGUUGGGAAGCUAGCAAAUUGGGAUUCAAACACUGUAGGCCUUUAAUAGGUGUGGAUGGAUGUCACUUGAGAUGUGCAACAUGUGGGCUGAUACUGACUACUGUGAGUGUUGAUGCUAAUGAUAGCAUUUUUCCACUUGCAUAUGCUAUAGUUGAAGGAGAGAAGAAGGAGGCUUGGUCUUGGUUUCUGACUUUACUUAAGGCAGAUUUGGAGAUAACAGAGGAUGUGCAGGCAGGAAUCUGUUUCAUAAGUGAUAAACAGAAGGGUUUAGUCCCUGCAUUUGUGGAUGUCCUGCCUGCUGUGGAGCACAAAUUCUGUGUUAGGCACCUACAUGCUAAUAUGAAGGUAGCAGGGUUUCAAGGUAAGGCAUUAAAAGAUGCUUUAUGGGCUUGUGCCAGGGCAACAACUCUGAAUUCCUACAAUGAAUGUUUAAGGAAACUUAGGGCAUUAGAUGAGGAUGCAUAUCAGUGGUUAGGUGGUAAGUCUCCAAGUGAAUGGUGUAGAUCUCACUUCCCAACACACAGCCACUGUGAUAUGUUAGUGAACAACAUAUGUGAGUCUUUUAAUUCAUCCUUACUUGCAGCAAGGGACAAGCCUAUUAUAGAAUGCCUUGAAACCAUAAGGAAGAUGCUAAUGAGUAAAUUCUUUGAAAAGAGACAAAAGGCAGCUGGUUGGAAGAUACAGAUAUGCCCAACAAUUGUUGGAAAGUUGAAGAAAGUUGAGAAAGAGGCAGCAGGAUAUUUGGAAACUCAGAGUGAUUUCUUUAAGUUUGAAGUGGCUUAG